AUGCGCUGGCAGAGCAUGCUGCUGGCCGCCGCAACGGCCUUUUCUGGCCUUGUGGCUGGCAUGCCCAUUCUGGAUCCCGAGGGCUUCACUCCGUACGCCCGAGGCCUGGAGGAGUUGACCCUCUUCUCUCCCGGCUGUAGCAUCCCCGACUUUUGGCGCUUCAUCACUCGCCUGUCCCAUAACGCCGAGAUCUACUUUCAAGGCCAGAACAAGUUCAACACCUAUUCUAUCCGGUGGUCCAACGUUGGCACCCCCAAGGUCAACAUCACUAUCCUGCCUGCGACUGAGAACGAUGUCGUUGAGAUUGUCCGUCUAGCCAAUGGCUGCAACAUCCCCUUCCUGGCCUACAAUUCUGCCCAUGGCUCCAUCACCACGCUUAAGAACAUGUCAUGGGGUAUCCUCAUCAACCUCCGUAAGCUGAGCGGCGUCACUAUUCAUGCUGCCAACGAGACUGCCACUAUCCUCGGCGGCACCAACUCCAAGUAUAUGAUCCAGCAGCUGUGGGAUGCCGGCUAUCAGGCCGUCACGGGUACUUGCGAGUGCGUCAAUUACAUGGGUCCUGCAUUGGGUGGUGGCCACGGCUGGCUGCAAGGCCACUAUGGUCUGAUCGCCGACCAGUUCCGCUCUCUGAACGUCGUGCUCGCCAACGGCACCAAGAUCACUGUCGGCCCGGACCACGAGCUUUUCUGGGCGAUGAACGGCGCCGGCCACAACUUUGGUAUUGUCACGUCGGCCAAUAUCAAGAUUUACCCCAAGAUCCACACGACCUACGCCAUCGAAAUCCUGACAUUCACCGGCGACAAGGCCAAGGAUCUCUAUGAGGCUGCCAUUACCACCUUCGCCAAUCAGCCCGUCGAAGUGAUCCAGUGGUCCUACUGGAUGAACAUCCCCCAGCUGGAUCCCACCGGCCCCAUCAUCGAGUUCUACAUCAUCCAGGAGGGCGUGACCGCCGUCGACUCGCAGUGGACUGCCGCCUUCUACGCGCUCAACCCCAUUGCCGCCAACCCCCAGACCGGCAGUUACCUCGACCUGUCGACCUGGCUCUCCAUCAACAUGGACGGCCCGCCGUGCCAGAAGACGGGCAUGGCCAACCCGCGCUUCCCUCUCUAUCUCGAGUCCUUCAACGCCACGGCUAUGGAGGAGGUCUACGAGGCCUUCAAGGCGGGCACCAAUUCCUCGGGCCCUUUCUACAACUCACUCUUCAUGUUCGAAGGCUACUCCAUGCAAGGCGUGCAGGCCAAGAACGCGUCCAACGCCGCAUUCGCCUGGCGCAACGACAACCUGCUGGUUGCCCCGCUCAUCCAGUACCAGCCCGGCAACCCCGCGCUCGACGAGGCUGCCAAGCAGUUCGGCAAUGAGCUGCGCCAGAUCCUGCACCGCGGCAGCGGGCGGACCGAGAUGCAUACUUAUGUCAACUAUGCCUAUGGCGAUGAGACGCCUGAGGAGUGGUACGGCCAUGAGUCGUGGCGUCUGACUAAGCUGAGGCAGCUUAAGACCAAGUAUGAUCCCAACAACCGGUUUAGCUUCUAUGGCCCGGUUAAUUAA